UGUCGUCUUUCUCCUGUCCACUACCCCUGCCAGUACGUGAAUAAUAUUUGCACAAAGUUUGCUUUCAUCCGCGACGACAUUACAGCAUUUGACCACCGACCAGCCGAAAUGAUGUUUAAAGUGACUGUCAACGGUGCCUGGAGGGCGACGAGGACGCUGUGGCUGCUCGUGUUAGUGAGCCUGUCUGUGUGCAUCUGUGUGUGCCGAGCAUCCUCGUCUCGGGAGGAGGACAGUGCCAUGGAGAACAUCGUUACAGAGAAAAAGGCUGAGGAGAGCCACAGGCAGGACAGCGCAGACCUACUCAUCUUCAUCCUGCUCCUCACCCUCACUAUUCUGACCAUCUGGUUGUUCAAACACCGGCGGUUCAGGUUUCUGCAUGAAACUGGGCUGGCGAUGAUUUAUGGCUUACUUGUUGGUGUGGUCUUACGCUAUGGCAUCCAUGUUCCUCGGGACAUUAGCAAUGUCACGCUUAGCUGCCACGUUAACGCCAGCCCCGCCACUCUGCUGGUCAAUGUCAGUGGCAAAUUCUACGAGUACACUCUGAAAGGAGAGAUUAGUGCCAACGAGGUGAACGACGUGCAAGAUAAUGAGAUGCUGCGAAAGGUAACCUUUGACCCCGAAGUGUUCUUCAAUAUUCUUCUACCACCUAUCAUCUUCCAUGCUGGCUACAGCUUGAAAAGGAGACACUUUUUCCGUAACAUGGGAUCCAUCCUGGCUUAUGCCUUUCUGGGGACAGUUAUUUCCUGUUUCAUUAUCGGGUUGCUGAUGUACGGCUGUGUGAUGCUAAUGGAGCAGGUGGGACAGCUGGAUGGAGACUUCUUCUUCACUGACUGUCUGUUCUUUGGAGCCAUUGUCUCUGCCACAGACCCUGUCACAGUCCUGGCUAUCUUCAACGAGCUGCAGGUCGACGUGGAUCUGUACGCUCUGCUGUUUGGGGAGAGUGUGCUCAACGAUGCCGUGGCCGUGGUUCUGUCCUCGUCUAUAGUAGCAUACCAGCCAGAAGGAGACAACACUCACACCUUUGAGGUCAUGGCGAUGCUGAAAUCUUUUGGGAUUUUUCUCGGAGUCUUCAGUGGCUCUUUUGCUCUGGGAGUGGCCACCGGAGUCGUCACUGCUCUCGUGACUAAGUUCACCAAGCUGAGGGAUUUCCAGCUGUUGGAGACUGCUCUGUUCUUCCUCAUGUCAUGGAGCACGUUCCUGUUGGCUGAGGCCUGUGGCUUCACUGGCGUGGUCGCAGUGCUGUUCUGUGGGAUCACUCAGGCCCACUACACCUUCAACAACCUGUCCCCUGAGUCCCAGGACAGGACCAAACAGCUGUUUGAACUGCUGAAUUUCCUGGCAGAGAACUUCAUUUUCUCCUACAUGGGUCUGACCCUGUUCACGUUCCAGAACCACAUCUUUAAUCCAAUGUUCAUCGUUGGAGCUUUCCUGGCGGUGUUCCUGGGAAGAGCUGCUAACAUCUACCCUCUCUCAUUCCUUCUUAAUCUGGGACGACGCAACAAGAUCAGAUCCAACUUUCAGCACAUGAUGAUGUUUGCAGGACUGCGAGGCGCGAUGACCUUCGCCCUGUCCAUCAGGGACACGGCCACAUACGCCCGUCAGAUGAUGUUUUCCACCACUCUGCUUGUGGUCUUCUUCACUGUUUGGAUUUGUGGAGGUGGCACCACCCAGAUGCUGUCCUGCCAGCGCAUACGAGUGGGAGUGGACUCUGAUCAAGAUAACUCUAUGAGUAUCACUGAAGGAUCAGAGAGAAGAAGCACUAAACAAGAGAGUGCCUGGCUUUUCAGAAUUUGGUACAACUUCGACCACAACUACCUGAAGCCCAUCCUGACUCACAGCGGCCCCCCUCUCACUGCCACGCUGCCUCCCUGCUGCGGCCCUCUCGCCCGCUUCCUCACCAGCCCUCAGGCCUAUGAGAAUGAGUGCCAAUUGAAGGAUGACGACUCCGACCUCAUCCUGACAGACGGCGAUAUCAACCUGACCUAUGGCGACAUCACAGUCAGUACAGAUGCCUCAGGUGCCCACACCAGCGGCGGUCCGGCUUAUGCUGGCGCCACCUCCGAUGACUUGGACAGAGAGUUAACGUAUGGAGAUAAUGAGCUGGUGAUGAGGGGCACACGCCUGGUGCUGCCCAUGGAUGACUCAGAGCCACCCUUCACAGACCCCCACCACCGCCUGCGGAUGUGAAGAUAGUCUUUCGGUGCAGACCCAGACAACCGUCCGACUCACACUGUCCCGAGCCAUCGAGCAAAAGACCAGUACCUGUCUCCCCUUCUUUCAUCCUUCCACUGAAUUCUCUUUUGCUCUCGCACCUUUCCUUGUUCUUCUUGCUUUUUUUCCACACAUUUCCUCACAGCUACAUUAUCCCACUUCCUCUACAGGCAAAUCACUGUCUCUACCUCAUUCUCAUUCUGCUCGUUUCCACACCUUUCUAGCAUCUGCCAAAACUGUAAUAUAGUCUUAUUUAUUUGCAGGGUUUUUUUUUUAGCAUUCAUUUGAAAAUCAGUUUCUCUUAGUUUGGCUUAAAUUUGUGUGCCACCUUACUGUAGCAUUGCACAGAGGUCUAGCAGCAUGCGUUAGUGUGUAAAUGCAAGUACCAGACACUAGCUUACUUGUCGAUGUAGAGUAUAUCACAAGAGUACUAUAACUUUGAUAUGCAUGCUGAGGAUGCUUAUUGUUUUCUUUGUAUGGGAGGUUGAGGGCUUUUGUGUUUUGGGUCUGACCUUGAAUGUUGCUGCCUUCUCUCUGUGCACCAGAGACAUGCUGACCCAGUGGACAACUUUACUGUACAUUUGGUUACAAUCAAGUGCCUGGGAAUUGUAGUUUUAAGCCUGGCGACCCAUGCUGAAUGAGCUCUGGGAAGCAGAGCUGGUUGAGGAUGGGCAGUCAUGCAGUUGUAGUUUUCCUUUGUAAAAAAGAAAAAGAAAAAACCCAAAAAACAAAACAGACACCUCUGUCCAUAAGGUAGCAAUAUACUCAGCGGGUGUUUGGGCUGUGAGUUUGUGCUAUUCGCCUGUAAAUAGUGUGUGACAAUGUAAUGCCACCAAUGCGGUGUAACCUGGCAGUGAAAGUUGUGGAUCUCUCCCAAUGACCUUUGACUGUGACAUAGAGAGGGACUUUACACCUUAUUUUAGAAGCUGAUGUCGCUCACGGCAGAACGAAGGGCUGUUGUUCUGAAAACGAGAUCCAAAUGAAGAAAGCUUAGUGCCAUUUCUGUCCUGCAUUUUGAUAUUUUGUGAAAACUGAAUGCAGAUGACCUUAAAGUGUUUUUAUAUUCUUUUUUGCAACAGAGCUUAAGUACUUUAAGCUGAAUCACAUUUUUCAUACUCAUCUAGCUUUGCACACACAUUUUCUAUUACAAUCGUUGCAUUGUUGUUGUGGAGACUUUGAAUUUUCUCAUUAAACGAACCUGAAAAACACAGAUAGAUACAUGAAUUUGACCCUAAAGGAUCCUCGUACCAUGUUAUUGGUAAGCACACAUGUAUUUUUGUGAGUAUAAGUUUGGCAAAUCGGAGAAUUGAUUAUCUCUGUAUCUGAAUUGAAUAGGGCUGCAACCAGUGAUUAUUUUCAUUAUCGAUUAAUCUGCCAGCUGUUUUUGGAUUAACUGAUCAAUCGUUGGGCCUGUAAAUGUCCAACGAUAGUGAACAAUGCUCAUCACAGUUUCCAAAAGCUCAAGCUGACAUAUUUAAACGUCUUGUUUUUUCUGAUCAACAGUUGAACACCUGAAGGUAUUCAUUUUACAAUCACGUAAGACUAAAAAAAUAACAAAUCUUUACGUUGAAGAAGCUGGGUGCAGUGAAUUCUUUAUGAUAUUUAUGUUGACACUGUGGCAGUUCAUCGUUAGGAGGAUUGCCUGAAUAGAACAACAAUAGUUGUUUAACUGCUGGAUGUUUUUCUCUGCUGUUCUUUAGGAUUGAUGGUUUGAUGGUUAAACAGGAUUUUCAUAAAAGAACAUACAAUGGAAAGAGUACUGAUGGAUGGAUGUGUUACAUUUAACUUAAAGUGUUAUUACACCCUGUCGCACACUGUGUAUGUAGGCUGUUUCGGUGGGAAAAAGAAUGGAAGGUUUUGUGAUCUCCCUCUGGUGCGGAGUUUAGCAGCUGUUAAUGGGGGUUUAACAGGAAGCGUUGAUAGGACGUCACCCUGGCAACGCUGUGUUGAUGUGGACAGAAUCCAGGAAACACUCGGUGACGUACACAACAGUUUUGUGGUUUACCCUCCUGGUAAGCCGAUGGAAAAAAAAAAACGGUGUUUGCAAACUGGAUGUAAGAGGAUGUUAAAGAAAAGAGUGAGAGAAAAGGAUGAUGAAAGGAAGAGAAAUGGAUGAGGAUGGAUAGUUAGGCCUAUGUUUGUGUGUGUGUUCGUACGUUGGGGAUGAUACAGAGGUGGAAGGAAGAGCAGGCUUUUAGAUAUCACUUUUCCUUCCACAGUUAUCUUCUGCUGUGCAGGAACUUCUUAUCGAAAGUGUUGACUUUUUUUUUUAAUCAGGCAUGCCUCUUGACACCACAUUAUCCAGGAAAUGAUUUAUUCUUUCCACCAUUUUAUACUUUUCAUUUGUGUUAUUAUUGAAUUUUAUUUUGUAGAAGGGAAACAGUGAAGUUAAAAAAAAAAAAAAAAAAUACUGAAUGAUUUGCACUCGUCCUUUGAGAAUGUUUUUCUGUUUUAUUGCUAUGAUGUUUGUUUUAUCUAACAGCUGCUUUUUUGUUAUUUACCUUAUGUUUUGGAAGGUUGUGGAAAAAUGAGCAAUGUCAUGUCGAUUUAAUGAAUGGUGAAGUAAUAUUUAGUAGACAUUAAGUUUGUUCAUUGAUGUUCCUUUGUGAAGAAUAAUUUCCACAUUGCAGUGGCAGACCUUUCAUACUGUUGUUCCAUCUUAAUACUUAACAGGUACUUAGUGUGUAUGUUUGCAACACCUUGCUGUUUAAACGCUGUUGCCAUGUCUUCUACAGAGCAUGAAUCAUUCAUCCUCUACUGAUGGUGGACUCUUCAGAAUCUAAAAAAAAAAAGAAAAAAGGAAAAUAUAUACAAGCAGAAUUGUGUGCCACUGUUCUUCAACCGACACAUUAAAAAAUGUGAAAUCUGCAAAAUCCUAUAGGUUUUGGUAUUUGCCUACUGCUCUGCCAGUAUGUUUUUCUCUCUGUUCUCUGAGUGGUGACUCGUGAUAGGCUUUGACCAUUGGAAAUCUUGUCUAAAGUAGCUGACCAAAGAGGCCUGCUGUGCUGUGUUUUCAGACGGUCCACUCUAUCUUUAUACUGCGAACUCUCUGUGUGUGAAUGUAUGUGUGUGUUAAUGCCUGCAAGUGUAUAUGGAUGUGUACUUGUGUGUGUGUGUGUG